UUGGUUCUUAAACUUUUUAAGUGUCUGGUUUUCUCUUUGUAAUCUUUAAGAAAAAAAAUGGUGAACUUGGUCUUGAUGAUCACCGGUGAACUUGAUAAUUUAACUGAUCUUCAACCACAAGGCGGUUGUGAUGAUGCUAACUUUCCCUUUUACAUCAAGAUUAAAUGUGGGAAUUGUGGAGAAGUAAGCCCAAAAGAAACAUGUUUAGUAUUGUCUGAUACAGUAUCUAUUCCUAAGAGUAGAGGAACUACUAAUCUUGUCCAAAAGUGUAAAUUCUGUGGGAGAGAAGGAAAUAUCACAAUGAUACCAGGAAAAGGUCGUCCAUUGACACUUGAAGCUGGUGAAACGGAGGAAUACGUGCCGUUGAUGUUGUUUGACUGCAGGGGAAUUGAACCAGUUGAAUUUGCUUUUGGAGAUGGGUGGAAAGUUCAGUCAACGGAUGGAACCAAGUACGAAGGCAUUGACUUGUCGAGCGGGGAGUUUUCAGAAUAUUGCGAGAAGGGGCAAGUCCCAGUUAUGAUUUCUAACCUCAAGUCCAAGUUUGAAAUCCUCAAGUAAAAUGAAGAAGUAAUAUGAUAUGGAUUUAACAAAAACUAUUAUAAUGUGUAUUAUUAGUUACGUUUAAGGUUUAUCAAUUUCAUCGCAAACAAGAAACUUUAGAAUGCUUCUGAGAUUUGGACUUAUCUUAUUUGAGUAUUGUAGUUUGUAUUACAAUUGAAUAGUUUCGGAUGAUAUACGCUUCCACAAGAAACAA